UUUCGGAAGGCAGUUCGUGGAAGGAUAUGAUUUUCGGCAGUAAAUGGCUGCCUUCCGCGAGCAAACGCGAGGCAAGGUUUUUACCGAUAUUUAGUGUGGUUCCCGUCGGUGCGGGUACCUGUACAGCGCCCUCUGGCGAGCAGGGCAAUUGUAUACCGAGUAAGGAUUGCCUACUACGUGCUGGCAUACCGGCCGGACCCUGUGCUGGAGGCUAUGGCUUGUGUUGUGUUUUUCUACAAACUUGUGGUGGCGUUAUACGCGAGAACUCUACUUAUUUUGUCAAUCCAAAUCAUCCGGAUGUCUACGAUGGGACGGGUAGUUGUCAGGUGACAGUGCAGAAGAUACAUCCAGACGUGUGCCAAUUGAGACUAGACUUUGACAUGUUCUCUAUUGCGCCACCCGAAUCACAAAAUCAUGUUUGUAACCAGGAUCAACUACUCGUCUCCGGCGGCAGUCCGAUACCCACCAUUUGCGGCUCCUCCGCAGGCGAUCACAUGUACAUUGACGCUGGCUUAGGUCAAAGCAAUGCGAUCGUGCUUUCGGUCAUAACGAGUGGCACAUUUUCACGAAUCUGGCGCAUUCGUGUCACACAGAUUCACUGUGGCAGUUUGAGUCGCGCCGAUCAUGGUUGCCUUCAAUAUUAUACUGGGAUUAGUGGGCGUGUGCGGAGUUUCAACUACAACACUGUCACCGGACGGCAACUCUCCAAUCAGGAUUAUAGUAUUUGCAUACGUGCUGAGCGGAAUUUUUGCAGUAUACAAUAUAAUGCUUGUCCCGACGUGGAAAACAAUCGCUCGCGUUCCUUCACCAUCUCCGGUAACUCUAACAAUCCCACGGGUUCUAUGGUGGGCGGCGGCUCACAGGUGACGCAAAAUACCUGCAUCAACGAUUGGCUGUUGAUCGGUUGCAUGCGUUCUGUUGAUCGCAUACCACCGCUGGCGGCAUGUGAGGAUCGUGUCUGUGGCGGCACGUUCAGCGCGGAGGUGGGCACCAUUCAGCGCACCGUGCAGUCGAGUGUGCGGCCUUUCCGGUUGUAUUUCCAUACGGACGGCGUUGAGGCGCCUACUGAUGUGGAUAACCGUGGUUUCUGUUUGGAUUUUGUUCAGCAGCCAUGCACAAAUGGAUUUUAGUUGUUUUAGAGUU